UAUCGAUAGUCAACUCUAAAACCAAACAAUUAUCUCUCUCAAUCUCUCGAAGUGCUGUAGAGAAUGGUACAAAUACUUUUAAAUGAUGAAUUAAACCGUUAAUGUUGUCUAGAUAUUGUUCAUCAAUGACGCUGACCCGAACUAACUGAUAGGUAACCAUUUAAAGUGACUAAAUAAACAAAGGCACAGCGCAAAAAUCAAAACUAUUGUUGGUACACAUUGUAUUAAUGAUGACAUUUCUACAAGGUAUUGCUUAGGUGUAUGGGCAAGUUUGGUGUGACUGGCAAAAUGGAAUUAAAAGAAGUGAAUUCGAAGGAGAAGGAGAAGAAAACGACUUUCGUGGACUUAUGGUGCAAUUUUAAAGAGAGUUGCACGUUGCAUGGCAUUGGUCAUGUUUCACUGACACACUGCUUCCGAGGGUUAAUCUGGUUUGUUGCUUUUGGAUUCUCCUUUGGAUAUCUCGUUUACCUCCUUCACGAAGAAUGGAUAAUAUUCAAACAAUAUCCAUUCAUGACAUCGGCCUCCGUAAAAAGGGUUUCUUCCAUCGAGUUCCCGGCCGUUACAUUUUGUAAUAUGAGUCCCCACAACAGAUCAAAGGUUGCUCCCGACCCCAGAGACAAUGACUAUCAUAUGGCUAUCUCCCGCCUGAGCUCAUUAGUUGGUGAAAUCAAUUGGACAGACCCUUAUUACCGUGACAACGGGUAUUUCAGACCAAGGACCAGAAGUGACAUUGUCUACGAAGCUUUGGACAAAUCGCAGGUCAUUAGGAGUGUUACAUUUGACAGGCUAGAUGUAACAGGUGAUGUAGAAGAGAAAGUUACCAAAUAUGGAAUGUGUUACACGUGGAACGCUGAUGGAUCAGUCACUACGACCUCUACUGGAAACUCCAUGAACUUCAUUGCCCUUUUGAACGUGAACAACGACCAGAACUAUCAAAGUAUAGACUGCAGCAACGGAUUUAAAGCAACUGUACAUGAUCCAAAUGAACAUCCAGCAAUAGAAGUAAAUGGAUUCCUCGUCCCACCAGGAAGAAUGGCACUGGCAACAAUUUCAAAGACAACUCAUUCCUAUCUUGGUACACCGUAUAAAGCCUUUGGUGAUGAGUACUGCUUGGACACAGCUGCCUCUGAUGAGUUCGUUAACCCUGUACAUCCUUCUCCGUACAGCAUCAAUGCAUGCCAAAAAAAGUGUGAAGCUGAUAUCAUAUACCAGCUCUGUGGUUGCGUCCAACUUGGGACCAUAGUAGGAAAUUACACCAUUUGUUCCCAUUACCAACACUACCAGUGCUAUUUUAACAGAAGUUUCCAACAAAACACGACGGUUCCAAGUAUAGCCAAAUCUUGUAAUUGUCCGCAGCCAUGUCAACAGACAACUUAUGACGUCAAAGUCUCCACUGCUCUGUACCCGUCAGAGGAAGCAGCCGCCUUUUUGGAUGGUAGAUUUGGUAGAUUUGGAUUCUCGAAACAAUAUGUCAAGGAAAACUUUAUAGAACUUCACAUCUAUUUUGAUUACCUCAAAGUUCAUGACGUGAAGCAAGUACCUGUGUACGCAUCCGAAAAAGACAUCUUGUCAAACAUUGGCGGUCAGAUGGGACUCCUUCUGGGAGCAAGCUUGUUGUCCCUACUGGAAAUCGCCGAGUUUUUAGUAAAUUGUGUGAUGUUUCUGAUUAAGAAAUGUUGGAGUAGAAUGGCCAAUAUGAAGAAAGUCUCGGACGAAAAGGAUUACAGCAAUACAACCCAAAACUGAUCCAUCUUUGAUAGGGAACAUAGUUAUAUAUACAGACAUUGUGUUCAUCUUUUUUAAUUCUUAGAUUGACUUUUAAGAGGGCUGAUGGUCCGACAUGGCAAUUUUUAUACUAUAUAAAUCUCCUUUAAAAAAGAGCUCUAUGUACAGGCUAGGAAAUCAUUUAAAUUUUUAAGUUAACAAAAAUGACAUUCUAUCUUUACUAAAAAUUAGUUUAUAGCUAAACAAAUCAUUUUUAAAAUAUGACGUGGAUCUGAUGGAAAUUUUGAUGGCCACCGAACCUCCUUAGGUGCAAAAAGAAAACUUCACAAGAACCCAAUGUAUUUAUACUGUUUUAUUCUUGGUAGAAUAUUUCUCCUAUUCUGUAAAGACACCCACCGCUUGGUGAAGUACCACAAGUACAUACAAAAUAUAACAGUAACAAUGCAAACACAAAUCAUAACAAAAAAAUCAAGUUCCUUAACAUUUACCAUACGAUGAUACUGGUGCCUUAUGAGUCACAAACCACGGUGUCAGCAUCAUGUCACACAACUUAUUACAUCAAACGGCAAUAAAUUUUGUCACCGCAAUUAAUAAUGAAAGUUUUACAUAGAACACUAAUCUUGUACAUGUUGCACAUAAGUUCAAAAAGCUAAAGCCCAAGCCUACCUUAAGUCAUGAUACAUAUUACAAAAGAAGUAGACAUUUUUUUGAGAAAGUUUACAUCAAUAUACUUCACAUGUUAUCAUAGAAAGCAUGGCUUGUCUAAAAUAAACACCAUGAGUGUAGCCACUGUUUAUGCAUUGAACUAUGCAGACUUUGCCAAAGCACUUAAUCAUAAUUAAAGCAAAUUCCAUAAUCAGUGCACUUAAAAACGUUGUUGAAAUUAACAAUUCACAUAUGGUCAUACCAAUGAAGCAAUCUCUGUUACUUAAAUUCAAAUCAGAAUAACAAACGUUAGUUACACUUUAUGUUCUUCAGUCAACAUGUUCUUGUAUGACAAGCAAAUACAUGUAAGUACCUUUUGCUUUCAUAAUUUUUAAAAUACAUAAAUUUCACUGCAUUUACACGAACUGCAUCAAUAUAAAGUACUUUGACCAAGAGUUCCUUGUAUUACAUGCUCAAACUUUAUCAUAAGGAAAUUGCAAAAAUUUAACCUGACAAAAAAAACUAUUUUCAUUCACAAAAUCAUGUCGAGAAUUCCAUAUCAGGAAAAUUACUACUGGUAGGUGUCAAAAUUUCAAAAGAAAAUGCAUACUUUUCAUAAAUUCUAUGUCAAAAGAAUUACUUUAUCUGACUAAAGUUCUAAGCAAAGAGGCCCCCGUUUCAUCUUAAAAUGACAGACGCUGACACAAGCCAUACAUGCUCUUGAUACACUACAAGUAAAACACUGAACACACAUCAGAAAGAUAUAAUAAAUAUUCUCAAAGUUACUUUACAUAUCAAUCUGACUGUGUAAUGACACUUUUCAUGUAUCACUUUAUAAUAAUAAUCUUAAUCCUUGACACCUGUUAACGAACAUUUUACCUUAUUCAACGUGACGUUUUCUCAUUCCAUCGUAAAACAAUGGCCUAUGAAAUGGUCCACAUCCAAAUUUGCACACACAAGAAGACUUGAUUUCUGCCAACAUGAUUCUAUUACAAUACAUACAUGUAUAUACAAAUCUUGGACACAGAAUGGCAAGCUAUAGGAGGGUACGGAAAGCCAAAACAUUGCACAAGGGAAAAAACCUGGAAUCUGCUCUUUUUUCUUAUAGCUACAAUAAAUAAAAUUGUCAAAAAAUCUCAACCUGAGAAAAAUCAUGUUUUCAAGUAAAAAACAUAAAUAUUACACAAUAAAAAUAAAUGUAAUAUUGAUAAAUUUGGGAAUGAAUGCUGAAAAUACACAAGAAUUAUUGAAUAAAUAUAUUAGUCGUUGAUAUAAGUGACUGGAGAGCAGUUGAACUAAGUGUGUACAUACGUAUUUGAUAUUAAAUUAUGCUAUAUGGUGCACUUGGUCAUAAGUCCAAUAAAUAGUUUACAGAAUUGAAUUGCUUAACAAUUCAUAAUAUCAACAACUUUAUUAUAUACAAGUAUAUAUUCUAUACAAAAUUGUUGUAAGAAAAAAAUGAACUAGUUUUCUUUCACUUGAUAAGAACUGGUUAUUCAACAUGUAAGGUUCUGAACAAGAUUCAUGACAGAAAGAAGAGAACCUGGUAAAUGUCAGAAUUUUGUGUUCUGUAAGGGAAACAAAAAGCAAAAAACACUGCGUAAAAACUUUCACUAUACUGGGUCUGUCUAAUAAAAGCUAUUUCUUUACCCAAAUCCUGGCAAAAAAAAAAUUAAAAAACACCAACAAAAUCUUACAACACUGACUGCAUAGAUUACUCAUACAUG